AUGGUGUCACAGAAUCACCAAAUUUUGCACAGUGAAGGGAACGGAAAAUACUUUGAAUUCCUGAAAUGAAAAUUUCAGGGCAAAUAACCUUCUCUAAUUACAGCCAAUGUAAUUUUUCGAUUUUGAUGGAACGCAGUGGUCGACAUAGAGCCAUGAUGCCCACAUGUUGGAAAUCAGAUCUCAUAAAAAUCAAAAAAUUAUUUUGUCUGUUAUUAUAAGAGUCAAUUUCGUCAGGUAAUACCUCUGGAAGACUUCCCUGAAUCCUCCACUAUCGAAAAGAUAUUACGAAUCUCUAUGACGCAUCAACGAUACAUUCACCGUAUAUAUCUGUACAGCCAAGUCCUGCCUUCGUUGGAAAACCAUCAAAUCAGCUAGAGUGUCAAGAAGGACCCUCAAAGUCGUAAGAAAAUCGCAGCAGGAUGAAACGCCUUUUUCGUGGUCUUCUCUUGUUGCUAGGAACAACGUGGGCUGCUGGAACCUAUCGUCUGUGUGCACCAGAAGACAUUAGCAGUUCAGAAUGCAGUGCAUUGGCCAAGGGUGACAGCGGUGUCGUUUGCGUACCUGUUAAAGACCGAACGGAAUGUGUUAUAAAGAUUAUCAAUAAUAAGGCAGAUUUUGGUAUCUUCAAUGCUGAGGAACUUCUCCUCGCGUAUCAAUUCUACCCGGAGGAGAUCAAGCCGAUCGUACAACUGCGCCACAAGGACAGGAAAGAUCGAGCCUUCGACUUCCAAAGUGUCGUCGUGGUACCCGAAUCAUUCAACGUUAACGAAGGUCUGGCUGGUCUAAAGAAUGGAGGACUGUGUCAUCCCGGGUUUUCUAAGUCUCAGAAUUGGAAUGAUUAUAUUCUGAAAUUCCUGGAGAGAAAAGCAUGGAAUCAUCAGUGCAACUUCGACCUAUCCGUCGCGGAAAACGAAGCAAUCAACCUUAAGAACUUCUUCGGGAGGGCUUGUCGACCUGGACCAUGGGUUGAAGACCCAGUUGAAGACAAGCGAUUGAAGGAAACCUAUCCACAACUUUGUGAACUUUGUGAUAAUAAUGCUGCCUGCUCUUAUUAUAACACUGAGCACAGUGGACACAUGGGAGCACUGGAAUGUUUGGUCUCUGGUCGAGGGAAGGCUGCAUAUGUAGCAUAUGACUACGCUUACCAGUACUUUGGGGUGAACCUCACUGGUCCAGAGCCACGCAUCGCGAGACCAGGAUUCCAAUUCCUCUGUCCUAAUGGAUCACUUAGACCUUUGACUGUAUCCGAGCCCUGUGCAUGGAUUGCCCAGCCAUGGAGUGCAGUUGCAGCAAAAAGUCACCUGUCCUCCGAGCUCGUCUCAUCAUUGAAAACCUGGCUGGGAAGUAUUCCCAACGUCGAUGACAAUUGGAAAUCCACUCUCAACGGAAUUCUUAAGAGAGAAGGCGAAAUAAGUAAUUACAUCGAGGAUCAAACACUCAAUAAGUACUUAGCAACUGGGCGGGAGGUCCGUGUACCCGAGAAAACCUGCGGAAACACAAUUCGCUGGUGUACAAUCUCUCCCCAGGAGACCGACAAGUGCAGAUGGGUAGCGAAAGAAGCUCUUCUGCUUGGCAUCGAACCCAGGUUCACCUGCGUCCAAGCCAAUAGCACAUUCGACUGUCUUCGUUACAUAUCACAAAAUCUCGCUGAUAUCAUCGUUAUAGACUCGAACUACGGACAUUUGGCCAGAACAAUUUUCAAUCUGACAUCAAUACUUUACGUGGAACCGAUGAAGACAAUGAACAGCGCCAUUAUAGCAGUAGUGAAGAAUUCAGCUUCAUCUCAAUUUAAUGGCCUCAAAAGUCUGAAGGGAAAGAACGCGUGCUUCCCUGAAUAUGGAGGAAUUGCCUGGUUGUCACUGAUAAAUGUCAUUCGCAAUCAAAAAAUUGUACCCGAUACUUGCGAUUUUCCACAAGCUCUGGCUGAUUUGUUCUCAGGUGCUUGCACACCUGGAAUUAAUGACACAAAUCAUUCGGACGUGGCAGCCAAAGUGGAAAUCGUGAAGCAACUUUGCUCUUCGUGUCCUUACAAAGAUAACCAGACAGAUUGUUCAGCGAAUAUUGAUAAUAUGUUCUAUGGAGACCAGGGAGUUCUGAAGUGUCUUGAUGGUCCUGGAGAUAUUGGUUUUGUCGAAAUAAAAAACGUUGAGGGAGAGCUGAAAGAACGGAGGGUCAAUCAUGAUAAUUAUCGAGUCUUCUGUAAGAAUGGAAGUUUGGCGAUUAACACCGGUUUCGAUACAGAUGCGAAUUGUGCCCUGUCUGUCACCAUUGAUAGCGAGGUGGUGGGCAGAUCUAGCACCCCGGCUGUUGAAAACAUGGACAACUCGAUGGCUCUCCUAAAACUUGAGGCUUGGCUGGGAUACACUUCUCGCACUAGGCGAACGAUCCGAAUUUACGACUCAUUCACAGGAUUUCGUGAUAUGCUCUUCAAAGAAACAACUGUGGCACUGAGACCCAAGAAUUCGGAUAUUGCCACUGUCACAGCUUAUAAAGAGUUGUUUGAUAAUGUUGAGUCCUGUCGAAACUCCGGAGGUGGAAUCAUUAGUAAUACAGUGACUAUAUUCUUCAACGGUUUUAUCAUUACCAUGAUUAUAUUGACUCAAUAAUCAUUAUUAAGAAUAUUGUGCUUAACAUAUCAAUAAGUUGUCAGAAUACUUGAGGGGAGGAUUUGUACUAAAAUUUUGGAAUUAAGGUGAAAAACUACUUAAUAAAAUUUACUUGUGAAAA